GGAAGCGGCGGCGCAGGGUGGGUGAGGGCGGCCCGUCCGCGGCCCUCGCCGGUCGCCGGUUCCCUCAGCGCCGGUGUCCGUCCUCCGGCCACCGGCCCCGCCGACCCUCCGCCCGCCGGAGCCAUGGAGCUGGGGCGGGCGGGCCUGGCCUGGGCCGCCGCCCUGCUGCUGGCGGCCCUGGGAGCGCAGGCCGCGGCGGCGGCGGAUUUCGACCCGUACCGCGUCCUGGGAGUCGGCCGGAGCUCCAGCCAGGCCGACAUCAAGAAGGCCUACAAGCGGCUCGCCCGGGAAUGGCAUCCUGACAAAAACAAGGACCCGGGAGCAGAAGACAAAUUCAUCCAGAUCAGCAAGGCCUACGAGAUUCUCUCCAAUGAGGAAAAGAGGGCAAACUUUGAUCGCUACGGAGAUGCCGGGGAAAGCCAGGGCUACUCUCAGCACCAGCAUCGCCAGUUCCACCACUUCCACGAAGGCUUCUAUUUUGACGAGUCCUUCUUCCAUUUUCCCUUUAAUUCGGAGAGGCGCGACACCUCCGACGAGAAGUAUUUGCUCCAUUUUUCCCACUACAUCAACGAAAUCGUGCCAGAUAGUUUCAAGAAACCUUACCUCAUUAAAAUAACCUCGGACUGGUGUUUCAGCUGCAUCCACAUCGAGCCCGUGUGGAAGGAAGUCGCUCAGGAAUUGGAGGCACUGGGAGUGGGAAUAGGAGUCGUUCACGCCGGGUACGAAAGGCGCCUCGCCCAUCACCUAGGUGCACACAGCACGCCGUCUCUACUAGGGCUCAUUAAUGGGAAAAUAACCUUCUUCCACAACGCUGUUGUUCGAGAAAACCUGCGGCAGUUCGUGGAGAACCUUCUGCCGGGGAAUCUCGUAGAAAGGAUUACAGAUAAAAACUACAUCCGCUUUCUCUCCAACUGGAAGAAAGAAAACAAGCCCCACGUCCUUCUAUUUGAUCACAUGCCAGUUGUGCCAUUAUUAUACAAGCUGACUGCCUUUGCAUACCGCGAUUACUUGUCCUUUGGUUAUGUGUACGUCGGACUCCGAGGCACCGAAGAGUUGUCCAGUCAGUACAACAUCAACGUCUACACUCCCACCAUGAUGAUCUUCAAGGAGCAUGUCGACAGGCCUGCUGAUGUUGUGCAGGCACGAGAUAUGAAGAAGCAGCUCAUUGACGACUUCCUUUCCCAGAAUAAGUUCCUCAUGGUGGCCAGACUCACCAACCAGAAGCUGUUCCAGGAGCUGUGUCCCGUGAAGAAGUCUCACCGUCAGCGAAAGCACUGUGUGGUCUUACUUACCGGAGAAGGCGAUAAGUUUGCUGAGGCUUAUGAGGCGUUUUUGACUUUUGCUGCGGCCAACACAAAAGACACGCUGAAGUUUGUGCACAUCUAUCGUGAUCGGCAGCCGGAGUUUGCGGACGCCUUGCUGAUGGAUGAGGAGAAGUAUCGGGGAAAAUCGGCUGUGGUCAUUUUGGAGAGACACAAUAACGCGGGGAAGAUCACCUAUAAAACCUUGAAGGAGCCCUGGCAAGGCAGCAAAGAGGACAACUUCAUCCUCCUGGAUCUUCUGGACCAGCUGAGGACAGACCCCAGCCUUCUCUCUUCAGAGACUGUCCUGGCAGACUUGAAUGACGAACUCGCUCCUAUGUUCCUUAUCCGAUGGCUCUACUCCACGCUGGACUAUAUCUCAGACUGCUGGGACAGUUUGUUUCACAGUAACUGGCGAGAAAUGAUGCCACUGCUGUCCUUGCUCUUCUCUGCGCUCUUCAUUCUCUUUGGCACCGUCAUUGUUCAGGCUUUCAGUGAUUCGAGUGAUCCCAGGGACUCUCCUCCCUCCGAGAAGGAAGAGACCACCGCAAAGACUAAGAACGACGCGAGCUUCGGCAAAGAGAGCAACAGGAUUCCCAAAAAGGGCUUUGUCGAGGUGACUGAGCUAACAGACAUCAACUACAACAGUAACUUGGUACGCCUGAGGCCGGGUCACAUGAAUGUGGUCUUGAUCCUGUCCAACUCGACCAAAACCAUACUCCUCCAGAAGUUUGCCCUGGAAGUCUACACGUUCACAGGGAGUAGCUCUCUUCAUUUCUCCUUCCUCAGCCUGGACAAGCACCGAGAAUGGCUGGAGUACCUGUUAGAGUUCGCGCAGGACGCGGCCCCCAUCCCAAACCAGUACGACAAGCAUUUCCUGGAGCGUGACUACACGGGCUACGUCCUGGCUCUGAACGGCCACAAGAAAUACUUCUGCCUCUUUAAGCCUCACAGAUCAGGGGAUGAGGGGGGAACCCCGGGAUCCUGCGAGGAUUACGAUUCCUCGCUACACGCGGAAGCCAGAGGGAAAUCCUCCUGCAGCCCAGGAUCUAGAUCCAUUAAAAACAAAUUACACAAAUUGUCCUUUUGGAUGGAACGCCUCCUAGAGGGUUCCUUACAGAGGUUCUAUAUCCCCUCGUGGCCUGCGCUAGACUGAGGGAUUUUAAAGAGAUUCUAACGGACAAACUUUUUAUGAAGAUGACAAGGGACAGCUCUUUCCAGGAAUACGCAAACAAGCGUGACGAAUGGACCUUAGGUUUUAGAUGAACUCUCCUAGGGCCGGCGACCAGAUAGAAAAUAUCUCCCCACGUCCGGAGCCCAGGAGUGCAGCCAAGCGCACCAAAAUCCCCUCCACUGACUCGUCGUGCGUUUGGAUGCUGUACUGCUGAAGAGCCGAGAAGUCCGUUUUUCCUUUCUUGUCCUGCCACAUGUGCUUCCCGAGUCGCCCCUGUUCCGUCUCUCAUUUUACCUCGGUUGAAGAAAAACCCGUGACUUCUCUGCCGCGGUGACUCGGUCCGGACCGAAGGCAGCCGGCGAUGCGGGUGGGGUCGUGGUUCUCUCUCCCAUUCCCUGUGCGCUUAGCCUGUGGUGCAUGGUGUAACACCGGCAAGACCCUGCAGACCUCCCAGGCCCUGCCCUUCUGAAAGGCCUCCUCCCACCAGGCAGUCGUACUUUAUUGGCUUUCCCUGUGGUAAGUGAUCUAGAGUAUGGUCGGGAACAUCUCCCUCGUAGCAAACCUGUAGCUGGGACUCGCCUGUGGUGGGGGCUAGUAGGCGAUCUGCAUGUUUCAUGCUCCUCGUGUCAUAGUUCCACGCGCAGCUUCACCGGCCAAACCAUAACCAUGGAGGGAAGGGGUUUUGCACGGCCGUAAAUACUGUAAAGGUGUUGAGCCAUCUAAAUGUUACAUUGAUUUUUCAGAUGCCUUUCUGCUUCUGUCAAUUUUUAGACGAUCUAUCCUAGAGCCAUAACUUUAACUGUGUCCUCAGAUUGUAGGCGUGAGCUGCUAUGAGCCAGUAGAUGUGUAAAAGAAACUCUACCUAGCUGCUAGGGAGUCGGUGUGGGCUCCUUUCAAACACCCUUACAUCUGUAGUACAAACCAACCUUUCUUUGUAUCAAGGAACCCAAUUCUCUGAUGAUUGUAUUCUUGAAACGUUGCCCCAGAAGUGCUGUAUCAUCAGACCAUCGCUUAUGUGUGAAAUUCCUUUUUGGUUUAGGCAUGGGUUCAGGAUGCUCAGUUUCAGCCUCUCGCCCAUUACCUUCUUGCUGCAAACCUUUGUUUCUCAAUGUGCAGGCUGCUGCCUUGGUUUUUUUGUUUGUUUGCGUUGGGGUUUGGGGUUUUUUUUGUCUUUUUGAACUCAUAGGUCUGCGUGAAGCUAGAGCAGUCGUAAAGCGCAGGUUUGGUUUACGCUUUGCUCUAGCAGUGCUCCAACAGCCAUUUUCAACACCAUGGGGGGAAAGGGUGGCCCUUUGUAAGGCAGAGGGAAGGCAAGCAGACUCGUGGCCGCUUCCCACUCCUCAAGUGAUAAAGCAAAGCAGCAGGGUUUCUCUUCACAGCCAGGACUGAAAUCCUGUGGGGCUGGUUCUUCCUUUUCACUGCACCGGGGCAGACACUGUCGCCCGGGCUGGUCCGUGCCGUGCCUCUUCUGGCCGCUCUGCACAGGACCCAGGCCCCCGCGGUCCCAAGUCGCCGUUAGGCUAUGGCACUGCCAAAGCACAGGGAUCCGAACGGGGUGGCCUUUGCUGCAGGGCUCUGACGGUAGAGCGCUUGGUCGAGCAUGUGGUGUUAAUGCAAAGCUUGCUCGGCCCUUGCCACCUUAGCUACCAUCUUAGCGGAGCAGCCAGCGUGUAGGAAUAACCAUGCCAAUCUCUGAGCUAGCUGCCGAUCCCAUAUGAAAUCCGGGAAUGCUCAAGUCGUUUCACUGCCUACGUGACCCAGUUGCUCACAAACCCUUGGCUUGCUGCAUUCCUCCCUGCCCUGGGAGUAGAUUGGCAUGCUUCGACCACCACAGGUAUCUCAAAGGCCGUGUAUAAUGUACUUCCAAAUAAAGGCUACGAUGCUACCAACCGACCCUAUGUGAGGUUACUUAAUUUUAGCUCAGCGGACUCUGGGCCACAGCUUGCGUUGCUGCACGGAUGAGGCACUCAAGUAGAGGGAAGGAAGGAAGGAAGGCGAAGUCUUCUCCCCGCCAAAGAUCUCCAAGGCACACACGUACUGCUGAAAUAGAGCGGGAGGGGAAACGAAAUGCUGGCCUGACGCUGCUAGACUUUGUUUUCAAUUGCUGUAGUGCACUCAUGCUUCUCCUGCAGCUUGCUCUGCAGGAUGUGGCCAGAAUGGGCUUUAGCCCAGCGGAAGGCUCCGCAUAACUUUUUAAACAGUUGCAAAAGCAAAAAAAUACUCUCUGGGUCUCUGCUGUCUCUUCAGCUAGUCAGAAACCAGGAGAAAACCCUUGACACAUGAAAAAAAGUGCCUAGUUGUGCUACAGCAAGGGAAUUCAGCCCUGCCCCAAGUGAGACGAGAAGGCCUUCUGGCCUUCAAAAUAAAUACAGUUCACGUGCUACACACCUGCGGAAAUCCUUUUUUUAAUUUUCUUUUUACCACCAGUAACCUCCCCUUUUAGGCUGAGUUUUGCUUAAGGAGCACUUGCAGCAGUCCACCCUUGCCAGCUGUGGCUGGAUGGGAGCACAGCUCCUGUUUAGCUGUAACUCUGCCCUUCACCGCUUUUAACCAGGUCAGACGAACUCGGCUUGUGUCGCUGUUCUAUGGAAAAUCUUCUUUCAUGGGCCAAAGCAAACACCAAACUGUGCUGAACCCCUCGUUUAGUUAGCUUUGGUGUCCUUCGUGGAGCGCUGGGCGCUCGCUUUCUCGUAGAAGAGCAUGGUCAGAGGCUGCUUACGCCGGAGGUCUGUCUGCCCUCUCCCAGCAGUUGUGAGCCCUCACCCCCAGAUCAUUUCCUAACCUGCCGCCUUCCAGUGGCGCUCAACCCAUAUCGUAACGUAUCAUCAGCGAAACGCACUUGCGAUUGUUAUGCACGUGGUGGUUGGUAAUCCAAAGAUUGAGAAAAGUCAGUCCUAGCGCACUAUUCUAGUGAACUCUGAGCGAUCGCACGCCGCUCAGAAGCUGAAGCAAAGGGAUACAGGCCCCCAGUCUAAAGGUUGUACCAAAACUCCUCCCUGGACCGAGUGCAGUGGGCAGCGGCCGUCUGCGGCUGCCAGCCUCCGCUCUGCCAUUCACCGAAAGCCUGCCAGGAACUAGUACACUAGCGCAGCCUGAGAAGUAGGACUGAAAACUAGGUACCUAUUUUGCACUUUUGAUACUGGGCAGGGGGGGCGGGAAUUAACUUAUUUGGCAAACUUGUCUUUUUUAUUUUCGGUUUUGUUUUGGUUUUUUUUUUGUAUUUGUGAACAGGCACUGAUGUCAUUUUGUUCUAAGAUGAUUACAGAUUCGCAACCAAAAUAAACUAUUUUAAUGUGUGA